AUGGACGGCGGCGCGCCGCGCCGCACUGUCGCUGCCGUGGCACGCUCCGCCGUGUCGGCCGCCGCCUUCGCGGCGCGGCCGAUUCCGCGGGAGCCUGCCGCCGCGGGCGGCGGAGUACGCCCUCAAGUGCCUGCCGACGCCGCUCCUCGCGCUUCCUCGGAGGCGCUGCGCGAGCGGCGGCGCAGGCGCCGUCAGAGGCGUGCGGGGCAGCGCGCACUGGAGCGAGGGGAAGCUGCGGCGAUGGCGGAUGCAGUGGUGGCGGAUGGCCCGCCGCCCGCUGCGGUCCCCGCUGCCGCUGGCGGCCCCAACGCGGACAACGACGGCGGCGACGACGUCGAGUUUGACGACGCCUGGGCGGACGAGGCCGUGCCGAGGCGCGGGCCUCGGCCCGCCUGCCGAGGCGGCGGCGGCGGCUUCCUGGGGCUCCCUCUGGUCGCGCUGGGGGCGGCGGGGGCGGCGGCGGGCCCCCUGGGGGCGGUGCGGGCCGCGCUGCCCGUCGGCGAGCUGGCGGCCCUGGACUCCACCUUCGAGGCGUGCCAGGGCGUGCGGGCGGCCGCCGAUGACGCCCUGCUCCGCGCGCAGCCUCCGCCCUCGGAGGCGAUGCGCGAGGAGGUCCAGCGCAUGCUGGACCUGGCGCGGGCGGCCGCGGCGCCCUCCCUCGGCAUCCUCGGCCUCGCGUUCGUGGUCGUGGACGGCCAGGGCCUCCUGCUGGCUGGCGCGUCG